CUUGAAUGAAACGAAACUUAUUAACAGCUGGAAAAAUUUUAUAAAACCUUUUGAAUAAGCUUAGUGUUCUGUCAAACUUUAUUUGUGUACAUUAAUAAUAUAUGUUGCUUUAAUUUUUGUAUAACCUAAAUUAUUACAGUUUCGGAACAUUAUAAAUACUCAUUUACAAUUUUAUCAACGUAUAUGAAAUGUGCGGUUAGGUGCGCGCAUUUGUGCUUGUGUGCGUGUAUGCAAGGAUCAGAUUUUCAUGUUCCUGGACAAAACUUUAGUGCCCAACCAGGUGGGCAGGUGGGUGGGGGAGGGGGUUCAAUUGGAGUUCCAGGAGGAAGAGGACCUCCUUUAGGAGGUGUCCAAUUAAUAGACCAGACCACUUCAGUAAUAACAUCAGGUAUUUCAACAACUGGUCAAAUUCAAAUAGCUCCAGGAUCUAAUAUCCAAUCACAGCCUGCUCAGGGACCAACAGUAUCUGCAACUAGUGUGCACAAUUUGUCUGUUCAAGAAAUGGGUAAACCAACACAUUUGCAAAGCCAACCACCAACUGUUCAGCAAGUUUACAUCCAAAAUUCAAGUAGAUCAACCAGUCAGAAUUAUUAUCCAACUGGUCCAAGAACUCAACAACCAAGAAGUCUUACUCAUAGAGGUGCCCAGCCUGGAAAUCAGAAUCAAGUGGUUGGAAUGCCAGGCGUAGGAGGUGCUGGUGGGCAACCAACUGCCAUCUAUCCACAUCCUAGUAUAACUAUGCAACCCUCUACAAUGUAUGUUCAAGGGCAAGUGUCUGGCCUUCACACUAAUCCACAUCAGCAAAAUAUUUAUUCUAUGAAUAAUCAAAUGCCAAUGCAGUAUUCUGGUCCUCCGCAAAGGCAUCAAACAAAUCAAAAUCAGUUUCAAUAUCAACCUUAUCAAACCCAUGCGCUUCUUACAUCAAAUUUAUUUGGAUAUGCACAUGGAGCUCAACAUCCAGGAUAUUUUUUUCAUCAGCCACCUAAUGCUCCACUUAAUAUAAAUAGAACAAAUGCUAAUACUGUCAAUAACGGCAAUCAACAUAUGUCAGGUCCAUUAACUGGUGCACAAGCAGCAACAAUUGUUCCACAAGGAACACUUCAACAAUCUCAACAAGCACAAGCAAUGCAUUCAAUGAGCAUAUCUCUUCCGCAAACUGAUGUUUAUUCUGGUUUUAAUAACAGUCUUGGUAAUGUAUCAACGAGGUCUAAAAAACCAAGAACAAAGGCUAUUACAGAUAUAGUUAAUCCUAACACUGGCAAAAACAUUAGUGCUGAAAUUUAUAAAGAUGAUAUUACUACACAAAGUGGAGAAUCUAGUAAUAGAGAAAGUCCACAGUCAUUAAAUUGUAAUGCUGACCUAUUAGUUGCUGAUUUUGCAGCACGUGUAGCUAAAUUAGCAUCAGAAUCAGCUUCAUCUUCAUCGAUUAUUGAAAUAGAUAAUGGAUCUGUAUGUUCACAAGUUAAAAAUCAAAAUUUAGUAACUGUACGAUCUAGAUUACCCGAAUCAAGCAAAUUAAAUCAAUAUAAUCAUGAUUCCAUUGAUUCUAGAAAAAGUAUCACUGGAUCAACAUUGCAGAUUGAACAACUUGAGUCACUUGAGACAGGAUAA